AUGCAGGCCAAGCCGACAAUCGUUGAUUCUGAGGGCACGUACCCAAUUAGGCAUGUCGAAGGAAGUGUUGCCUUUGAGAACGUACGCUUCUCCUACGACUCCGUCAGAGACAUCGUUAAAGGUAUCAGCUUUUCUGCACUACCAGGCCAGACCGUCGCCAUCGUGGGCGCGACAGGUGCCGGCAAAUCAUCAGUCGCCAAGCUACUGUUUCGUUUCUACGAUGUCACAGGGGGCCGGAUCACUAUCGAUGGUCAUGACAUACGAGACAUCUCUCUCGAUUCGUUGAGGAAUACCUUUGGGGUGGUGCCACAAAGUCCCAUGCUCUUCAAUGGUACGAUCAUGGACAACUUGCGAUACGCAAGGCUCUCUGCAACAGACGAGGAUAUCUACUCCACGUGUCGAGAGGCUGCAAUUCAUGAGAGCAUUACUGGCUUUCCAGACGGAUAUAGCACCAAGGUGGGCGAGCAGGGAAUGAAGCUCUCUGGCGUCCAAUGCUUGUCCGAAGCGCCUGCGCUCGUAGUCGAACAUGUUGAAAUUGCGACACCGUCGUCCAAUUCUGCACGGCCUGAUGCAUGA